AUGGAGGGCCUCGAGUUUGCCUCGAAUUUCUCGUUCAAUCGGUGUUCUCCGCAGCUUUCGGCGUCUGGAGAGUACGUGGCUUACGUGUAUGGGUCGAGGCUGGUUAUCAGGUUCACAGAUACUCUGGCAACUAAGAAUGUAAUUCAAUUGCCUCGCGAGUUUGCCCAGAAUAUAUUUCUUAUUCGAUGGGACGGAUGUUUGAAACAUAGUCCUGAACAGCGUGUGGCCGUUGCUACUAGGAAUGAAAUCCGCACGUUUUCUAUUAAAAAGCAUUCUACUGCUGGAGAGUCAAUGGCACCGGAUAAUCUGGCUGGUCAUUCUGUGAUUUUAUCGGGGAAAGACGAGAUUGCCAAUGUUCAAUGGCUCUCAGCAGAUACUCCUAAUAACAUUGGGCAGAUUGUGCGUUUAGCUGUGUUCACGAGGUUCCAUUUGGAUGUGAAGAUCUGGUCAUCCAAUGGUGUGGAAAUGGAAAUUCGAAGCCCCAAAUUCGCCAGAUUGGUUAGCGAGACCCCUAAUCUGAGCAUGGAUGGUCUCAGUAAUCGAUUUUCGGUUGUGUCUAGGUUCACCACAUAUGACGUGCUGUAUAAUUGCCGGAUAAAUGCAACUGUUGCUGACAAUGAGUUGGUGACUCCACUCUCAGAGGCUCUUGAUAUAGUGGACUUGAAGUGGUCACCUAGCGGUCUUUGGCUGGCAGCCAUAGAUAACCCUAUAGCUGGGUAUGAUGUGCAUCUAUGGGCUGCUGAUGGUACUUUUGUCCGGACGUUUCACGAUAUCCCAGGGUUUAUCUCGCCAAAUGUGAAUACGACACCUUCUUCUCGACGUAAGGAAGAUAUGCUGAGAGACACUCCAUCGGCUGCAUUCCCUACUUGUCUAGAGUGGGUCAAUGUUUUUAGUGAUCCUGGCGUGCGUGAUCUUGAGCUGUUGCUAGUCGGCGACAGUGAAAACCGCGUAUCACUGUUUGAUAUCAAAACUUGUCAGCCCACCAGUAUACUUAUUCAUGGGUCUGUUUACAAAAAUUGCUGUCUAUGGGAAGAAUACCUCUCACCAGAUUCUCAUCAAUUCGAAUAUAGAAUGGUGAGAUUGCCAUUUAUUUUCACUAAUAGCGGCGCUAAUACUAGUAAUUCAAAGAUGAAUGAACAUGAGCGUAACAUUAUUAGCGGCGUCAUUUCCAUGGAUAUAUCUGACAACGGUCAGCUACUGGCGACUAGAGUCCAUUCAUAUCCUAAUUUGGUAUGGAUUUGGUCUAUUGCUAAUCCCCAAUCUCCUGAUUUGUUAGCAAUUAUUUCCCAUUCUUAUACUAUCAAAUCGAUCACCUGGAAAUCUGAAAGCAUGACACCUCUGUUGUUAAUAACUCCAUUGGACAGCAAAUCCAUUGGACUAUGGAGCUACGAUAGUCAACUCGAGCCUAAGAUUAUAGACCUGAGUAGUCAGUUCGAAUCGUCUAUCAUGGGUGUAAGCAUUAUAGAAAAGCCCGAUAGUAACGAGAUAUUACGACUACUAGCAUGGACCAAGAAUAGUUUUUCAAUUGGUGGAUCUGUCCAGGAUGAAAACGAUACUGGAGAUGCAGAGGAUGAGGGUCAAGAUGCCAAUGACAUGGUUACAAAACAACAGAAUAGCAAGUACACCAGUUAUCAAAGAUCAUCGGUUCCACGGUUGAAUCAUCAUCAGUCAUCCCGUAUGGAGUUACUGAGUCCAACACUUCCACAGGAUGAUGACACCCAUGUAAAACUUCUUGCUGAUAUUGUCCAACAAUCUGAGUGGAUUCAAGAUACUAAUAGUGUCCCUGUUGAAGACACGUUUCAUAACAAAAUAAAGCAUUGA